CCAUCCCUUAUAAGAGAUAAGGAACACAAUACUCUACACACAAAACAAACCAUCAAACUUAAGAGAGUGAACACCUUUGUACCAAAAAUGUCUAAGAAAUCCUCCAUUUUAGCUACUCAUUUUAUACCCACAAUCUUAAUCUUUCUGUCAUUAUGCUCAACUUACCAAUUUGUUGUAGUAGUAGCCACUUCUAGACCAAAUAGAGAAGCCUUAGACAUUGUCAUAGGCGGCGAGCCUUUUACCAUUGGUCCCUCUCCGGCCCCUGAAUCCCCCGCGGAUUGCCCUCCACCACCACCACCACCACCACCACCACCACCAUGCCCCACCCCGUCACCACUACCAUCGUUACCACCUGUAUCAUUACCACCUCCAUCGUUACCACCACCAUCACCGUCAUCUCCACCACCAUCCCCAACAUCCCCAUUCCUAGACGAAGCAAAUGUCCAAAAAGCCACAAAAGUCAUACAACGAUUCAUUAAAGGGAUUAGUAGUGACAAGUGUGGGCUUUCCAAAAGCCUUAAGUACACCAAUGCUACUAACUUGUGUAAAAACCCAAAGUUUAAUUGUACAAUUCUUCCGUCCAAAAACCCCUUAAGAAACAAAGAAGUUGUCUACUCGAUUCAAUUCAAUCUGUGUGAUAUUAUGGGGAAGACCAUUACCAUCGAUGGCUUCAUCGACAAGCUUCCUGAUGUGUCCAUUUUUCAUGCAAAUUCCAACGGUUUUGGGGGUAACAUACCGGUGUUAAGCCAUCUUCGUUACCUCUUUGAAUUAGAUCUUAGUAACAACAAGUAUUCUGGGAACUUCCCUAUGAAUGUCCUUGGUGCUACCAAAUUAUCCUUCUUGGACCUCCGUUUUAACUCCUUCGUGGGCCCCAUUCCUCCUGGCCUUUUUAAUUUGCGGUUGUUGGCCCUUUUUAUUAACAAUAAUAAUUUUGAGCAGGACCUUCCAUCUAACUUGGGCUCCACCACGGCGGCUUUCCUCACCUUUGCUAACAAUAAGUUCACAGGCCCAAUACCGAAGUCCAUUGGGCUAGCCUCGAAUACCCUCCUAGAGGUUCUCUUCUUAAACAACAAGCUAUCGGGAUGCCUUCCUUACGAGAUUGGGCUUCUCAAUGAGGCCCGUGUUUUUGACGUUUCAAGGAACGUCUUAACGGGCCCGAUACCCCGGUCGUUCGCCUGUUUAAGGAGUAUGCAGUUCUUAGUACUGGAAAAGAAUGAGUUUUAUGGUACUGUGCCUGAGGAGGUGUGUAAGUUGCGUAAUUUGACGAGAUUGAGCUUGUGUGAUAAUUACUUCACCCAAGUUGGGCCGGAAUGCAUGAAGCUAAUCCAUAAAGGAGUGUUGGAUAUGAGACACAAUUGUGUAUUGGGCCUUCCGGAUCAGAGAGACCCGACGACGUGUGCCGGGUUUUUUCGUAAACACAAGGGUUGUGGUGAAUAUGAGAAUAAAAUGACCCAAUAUUUGCCUUGCAAGAAAACUGCUGAAUAUCUGAAUUCUGAAAUGUUGUUUGAAGGGGUCCCACAAUCUCAGCCAACAGUUACUUAUGGUGCUCUAAGUCCUAAUUUUAAUUAAUUAAUGAGUUUGACAUUGUUGUAGAAUUUGAAUUCGAAUUCGAAUUCGAUAUGUAUGCAAUUGUUUUCUUGUAUCUAUCAUAUUAUCGAGUCUAUAAAUCCAACGAUUGUAUUGCAA